UCACAGCACUACGUGGGAGUGGCGAAAAGCAGAAUCCUCUGGCCUCCCUGUGGCCCAGACUGCCAACAGACUUGUUCCUGUCCCUCCCUGGUCUGGGUCCGGACUCGCCUGCCCUUCCCCGUGACCUCCAGCCUCUGAGCUCCCAGCUCCCCAUGGCGGCCGCGACGCUGAGCCUGGAGCCCGCGGGCCGCAGCUGCUGGGACGAGCCGCUGAGCAUCGCCGUGAGCGGCCUGGCCCCCGAGCAGCCCGUCACGCUGCGCGCCGCCCUGCGCGACGAGAAAGGCGCGCGCUUCCGCGCCCACGCGCGCUACCGCGCCGACGCCCACGGCCGCCUGGACCUGGCGCGCGCGCCCGCGCUGGGCGGCAGCUUCGCGGGGCUCGAGCCCAUGGGGCUGCUCUGGGCCCUGGAGCCCGAGCGGCCUUUCUGGCGCCUGGUCAAGCGCGACGUGCGGACGCCCUUCGUGGUGGAGCUGGAGGUGCUGGACGGCCACGAGCCCGACGGCGGGCGGCUGCUGGCGCGGGCGGUGCACGAGCGUCACUUCAGCCCCGGGGUGCGGCGCGUGCCCGUGCGCGAGGGCCGUGUGCGCGCCACGCUCUUCCUGCCCCCAGGAGAAGGACCCUUUCCAGGGAUCAUCGAUGUCUACGGUGUUGGAGGGGGCCUGUUGGAAUACCGAGCCAGCCUUAUGGCUGGCCAUGGCUUUGCUAUGUUGGCUCUGGCUUUUUAUGACUUUGACGAUCUCCCGAAGGAUUUCAACAUCAUAGAAGUGGACUACUUUGAAGAAGCGGUGUGCUACAUGCUUCAGCACCCCCAGGUAAAGGGCCCAGACAUUGGGCUUCUGGGUCUUUCCCUGGGAGCUGAUAUUUGCCUCUCCAUGGCUUCAUUCUUGGAGAAUGUCUCAGCCACAGUUUCCAUCAACGGCUCUGCGUUCAGUGCAAACAGACACAUACACUACAAGCAGACUAUGAUCCCACCAUUGGGCCAUGACCUGAGGAGAGCGAAGGUUGCUUUCUCUGGCAUUCUGGACAUUGUGGAUAUACGGAAUGACAUUGUAGGAGGCUGUGAGAACCCCAGUAUGAUUCCAAUAGAGAAGGCCAAGGGGCCCAUCCUCUUCAUUGCUGGUCAGGACGAUCACUGCUGGAGGAGUGAGGUGUACACCCAGAUAGCCUCGGAACGGUUACAGGCUCAUGGAAAGGACAGGCCCCGGGUGAUCUCUUACCCUGGGGCUGGGCAUUACAUUGAGCCUCCCUACUUUCCCAUGUGCCCAGCUUCUCUGCACAAAAUAGUGAACAAACCUGUGAUUUGGGGAGGGGAGGUCAGGGCUCACUCUAAAGCCCAGGUAGAUGCAUGGAAGCAAAUUCUGUCCUUCUUUGGCAAACACCUGGACAAUACCCAGGGCAGAGCUUUCUCUAGAUUGUAGUGCAUUUGCUUGUCGCUGACAUGGUAGAUUCAAGGUCAAAUUUUGAUGUUCAUUAACUUUGUGUGGAUCAUUGUUUCUGCUGGAUGCCAUUAAAUUCAUCCUUGGGACAUUA